CCUAUUGUUGUGCUGCAGUUGAUCAUUAGUUCGAUCUCUGUUCUUAUUCAACAGUGUGAAUAAAGCAUUUACAGUAUGAGUCACUGCGGCCAGAUGCAGAUGUUGCAUUACUGCCGGUCCGUCAUGCGCGUGCCAGUUCAGGACAGAUGUGCUUCAUCACAACUUCUCCAGGAGGAGUCUUCAUCUGAUCGCUCUCGGGCGGUGGGUCUGUAGCCCCGCCUCCUGCAGCUCCAUCUAUAUUUAUAGGUUAUUGCUACAGUAGUCAGUCAGCCAGUGUAACAGUCAUCUGCUUUCACACCGGACUCAAACGCAUCUCAGGCUGUCAGUGGAGAUCCAGACAGGAGCAGCAUGACUGAGACUCACUCCGAGCCGACUCAAGACGCCGCGCAGACGGACGCGCUGAAUGACGCGGACGCGCCGGAGGAGAAGCAGGAGAACGGCGCCUGUAAACUCUCCGAGAGCGAGGAGAAAGCGCCGGCGGAGUUCGAGCCCCCGGAGGGCGGCUGGGGGUGGGUGGUGAUGCUGGCCUCCAUGUGGUGCAACGGCUCGGUGUUCGGCAUCCAGAACGCGUUCGGUAUCUUGUUCGUGUCGCUGCUGAAAGAGUUCGGCUCCGAGGACGACGACGACCUCCGCUUCAAAACAGCAUGGGUCGGCUCUCUCUCGAUGGGCAUGAUCUUCUUCUGCUCUCCGAUCGUCAGUGUGUUCACCGAUCUGCUCGGGUGCCGGAUCACGGCUGUUGGAGGGGCUGCGGUGGCGGUCGUGGGACUUUUGGCCAGUUCAUUUGUCACGUCUCUCGGGCCAUUAUACUUCACCUAUGGCAUAGUCUUUGCAUGCGGCUGCAGUUUUGCGUAUCAGCCGAGUCUGGUGAUCCUGGGUCACUACUUCAAGCGGAGACUGGGCCUGGUGAACGGCAUUGUGACGGCGGGCAGCAGCGUCUUCACCAUUACGCUCCCGUACAUGCUGUCAGGCCUGCUGAAGCGCAUAGGGCUCUACCACACGCUGCGCGUGCUGGCCAUCUUCAUGUUCAUCCUCAUGCUGGCGGGACUCACCUACAGACCCCUCCUUCCCAAACCCGUCAGCAGCAGCAAGUCAGGCAGCCGCUGUCCCGCGCCCAACAAGGUGUUUAACGUACACAUCUGGAGGUCUCUUGGAUACCGCAUAUGGGCCUUUGGCAUCCCUGCGGCCCUGUACGGAUACUUUGUGCCUUAUGUUCAUCUGAUGAAGCAUGUAGAGGAGCGCUUCGGACAGGACGCUAACAAAGAGGUUCUGCUCAUGUGUAUCGGGAUCACGUCUGGAGUGGGUCGUCUCAUCUUCGGCAGAGUGGCAGACUAUGUGCCCGGAGUCAACAAAAUCUUCCUGCAGGUGUCUUCGUUCAUGGUGAUCGGCGUGAUGUCCAUGAUGAUUCCUCUGUGUCAUGUGUUCGGCGGGCUGAUCGCCGUGUGUCUGCUCAUGGGCCUGUUCGACGGCUGCUUCAUCUGCAUCAUGGCUCCCAUCGCUUUUGAGUUGGUCGGCUCCCAAAACGUGUCGCAGGCCAUCGGUUUCCUCCUGGGCAUGAUGUCCAUCCCCAUGACCGUCGGGCCACCCAUUGCAGGGUUCCUGAGAGACCGUCUGGGCGACUAUAACGUGGCGUUUUACCUUGCUGGCAUUCCUCCGCUCAUCGGCGGGGCCGUGCUGUGUGUGAUCCCGUGGGUGGAGGCCCGGAAAAAGAGGAAGGAGGCCAACGCCACGGCCGAAACCACAGAGAAGAUGCUGGAGCACAAGAGCGCCGCACAGGACGGCAAGACCGAAGACCCUGAAUCUGUCAUCUGAGGAACCUGCGGGUCGGACAUUCACAGCGCAGAGACUGUCAGAUGUGUGUGUGAGCGAGCGUGUGUGUGUUCAGAUGGUUUAUGUGAUUUUAUAUCCCUGCAGGAACUGCCAUCAAACAGAGCUUCUACGUGAAUGAGAUUUUUGAGCUAUACAUCUUUAAGAGAGUUUCCUAUAAUAUUUUUGUACUGAACUUUUAGGGUUUAAAAGGGAAAUGGUGUAACAUGAACAAUCAUUCAUGAAGAAGGGAAGCCCUGAAACCUUCAUCCUGAGAGGAGAUUCAUAGGAUCUUAUUUUAACCAAAGUAUGCGUAUCUUUAUUCUCAUAAUCUAGCUUGUUUUACAUCAGACUAUAAUAUUAAUGAUAUUGUUUUAAAUGGGAAAGUCAGCCAUAUGUAUUCAUUUCUUCCUGUUCUGGAAAGAUUUGAAGGAUGUUUUUGCAGAUGAGCGCUUUAUCAGAGGAGAUGCCAUGUGUUAUAUGCAAUUAUCUAAGAUAUAUUUCCACUGAGGAAUAACAUUGAGGAAACUUUGAUGUGAAGUCCAGAUAGAAAUGAUCAUACAAGCAAAGUGAAUCUGUUAAAGUGCCUUGUUUUGGUCUGAUGAAGGUGUCGAAGCAUCCCAAUGUUCUCCUCGAGCGCCUGUGAGGAGCGAAGCGUGUUUUAUGGCAUCUGUGUUUGAACAUUUACAUGUGCAGAUUUCAGCAUAUUAGUAUUGAAAUGAACUGGGAUUGUUUUCUAUACAGUGAAGCUGAAAUGUUAUUUUUUUUUUUUUUAUCAAUGUUAUAAAAUCUGUAGUGUUCAUUGGUUAGAUUGAGCCAAACUGCCAUUUUGAUCUCAGAGUUUUCCACAUUUACUGCCAUCGAGGCCUUGACUGAAAAAUGAAACACGUAUGCACAAUCAUUUUAUUUUAUCACUUUUUAGUAUGAAUGUCCUCUGAUUCCUAGUCACAUACGUGACACAUAUGGCAGCGUGUGUCCUCAGGACAGUCGUCAGAUGAUCAGAUGAUCAGUCCAUUGAUCCAUAGGAGUAUUAAUCUGGUCCUGUGAUCUACCUCAUUUGACAUUAGUCUUCAAAUGUUUCUCUGAGGAUCAUAAACUCAGCUUCACCAAGUGCUCGUGUAACCUCUCACGUAUCCCAUGUUUCUUCUGUGUUAUUCUUUUGUAUUUUUAUGAGUAUUAUCACUUGUGUUUCACAAAUGUAUUGCAACAACCUUUAUAAGUGCCUUGACAAUAAGAUUAUUGGACAGAUGAACAGGUUCCAAACAAUGUAUUUCAUUCGUUUCAGUAGAAAACAAAAUUCAUAUUUCACAGGACAAAGCUUGAUCUUUUCUGACACUCAGUAGCGAUAAGUGUCUCUUAACUUCAUUGCUUUAUUAAAUUCUCUUUGGUUUGAAAACUUUUCCAUGUUUUAGGGGAAAAUGAUCUUUUUUACUUUUUGUACAUGGUCAUUUUUGUAUAUAUUUUUUUUAAUUUAUACUGUUCAUGUAAAUCAUUGUUGCACACCAAACCAGAAAAGGCUCUGCUUCAUGUAACCUCAUAUUUUGAAGUAUAAAUAUGGACUGGUUUUGAUGAGAGCUGCAGUGAUUUACUCAGGGUAAUACUACAUGUAAAAUAACUUUAUCUCCAGGCCUCAGCUAAACACCAAAAUGACUAACUUCAGUUCUUGAGGAAUUUAUUGUCCAUCUAUUUGUGAUUGUAACAUUUAAAAAAUACAUUUACUGAAUAAGUACCAAAGGAAAUAUGGUUGCACUUUAUUUUAUAGUAUGUGCACUUACAGUGUUUUUACCCUGUUAUUGUAAUGACGACACUGAGUUCACAGUAUCUACAUGCAGCACGGGACUGUAAAAUAAAGUGCUACCAAAAAAUAGUUUAAUAAACUUUUAGUCUUAUGAAAACAUUUCUCUAUGUGUAUAAUCUCAAUGCAGAUGGUUGAAUACAUGUUAUGAUUCUGCAGUUUCAUUUUAGACACCUUGAUCUGAUGACUUGCAUGAUUUUAGCUUCUGUUAUAUUUUGUUGUACGUACAACAACUUGGUAUAAAUAAAUACGACAAUAAAGAAAACAUUUAUUAAUUUUA